AUGCAGUCUGCUAUUCACUGUGGAAGAUUCUGCUCCCACAAAACUACCUGUGCCAAUUUAUGCGUCACACGUCGCACAACCGGUGUUGUACUAGAUUCUGGUGAUGGUGUAACGCACGUCGUACCCAUAUAUGAAGGCUUUGCAAUCGAUCAUGCCAUUGGACGGAUGGAUGUCGCAGGGCGUGAUGUCACUCGAUGGUUGCGGCUUUUAUUGCGUAAAGAGGGGACAGAUCUUCACAGAACUAGCGAGUUUGAAAUCGUUCGUGAAAUCAAGGAAAAGGCGUGUUAUCUAGCUACCAAUGUCGUCAAAGAAGAGGCCAACGAGAGUGACAAGCUAAUUUAUCCUUUACCGGAUGGAUCCCGCCUUGAAAUAGGAGCUAGUAGGUUCCGUGCUCCGGAAGUCCUAUUUCGACCAGAGUUGAUUGGAGAGGAAUGGCCGGGAAUUCCUCAGCUUGUGAACGAUUCUAUCAAGAAAUGUGAUAUGGAUGUGCGCAAAACACUAUACGGUAGCAUAAUUUUGAGUGGUGGCUCAACGCUAUUACAAGGAUUCGGCGAUCGACUUCUUUCAGAGAUGAGGAAAAUUGCUCCACAGGACUUGAAAGUGAGGAUAACUGCGCCUCAGGAACGUCUCUACUCUACCUGGAUUGGUGGAUCAAUUCUAGCUAGUCUGGAUACAUUCCGAAAACUAUGGGUAAGUAAGAAGGAAUAUGAGGACGAAGGCAAGAAAAUCCUUCAUAGAAAAUUCUUUUAA